GCCAGCUGCUAGCAGAGCUUACCCUGAGUGUUUUAACAGGAAAUAUUUACAGCCUAAUAGUUCAGAAAAGAUGAUUGCACUUAUUUUGUUUUCUGCCCUGCUGUGGGACAAGGCUCAAGCAUGGGGAUUCAAGGACGGAGUGCUGCAUAACUCCAUUUGGUUAGAAAGAGCUGCUGGAGUGUAUCACAGGGAGUCGCGCUCUGGGAAGUACCAGCUUACCUAUGCAGAAGCAAAAGCAGUCUGUGAAUAUGAGGGUGGACAUCUAGCCACGUAUCAGCAGCUGGAGGCGGCAAGAAAAAUAGGUUUCCAUGUGUGCGCUGCUGGCUGGAUGGCAAAGGGCAGAGUUGGUUAUCCCAUAGUAAAAGCUGGAGCCAACUGUGGCUUUGGAAAAACUGGUAUUGUUGAUUACGGGAUUCGCCUCAACAGAAGUGAGAGAUGGGAUGCCUACUGCUACAACCCAAAUGGAAAAGAGUGUGGUGGAGUCUUCACAGAUUCCAAACAUGUUUUUAAGUCACCAGGCUACCCAAAUGAGUAUGAAAAUGAUCAGAUUUGCUACUGGCAUAUUAGAGUAAAGUAUGGACAACGUAUUCAUCUACAGUUUCUUGAGUUUGAUGUUGAAGACGACACUGCUUGUAUGGCUGAUUUCUUGGAAAUCUACGAUAGCUAUGAUGAUAUCAAUGGCUUUGUGGGCAGGUUUUGUGGAGAUGAGUUGCCAGAUGAUAUCAUUAGCACAGGCAAUGUGAUGACCUUGAAGUUUUUGACAGAUGCUUCAGUGACUGCUGGUGGCUUUCAAAUUAGAUAUAUUACUAUGGACAUGCCCUCUAAGUCAAAUGAUGGAAAAAAUACAACAUCUCAAGGAAAACCAAACUUCUUAUCUGGGAAAUUUGGUAUUAUGUGAGCAGAAUAAUGAGGUGCACUCAUUAAGAAACAUGUUUUAGAACCCAAUUCAGAUAUCUGUUUCUUCAGAUUACAUUUUCUUUAUAUCUUUCUUUUGAUUUCUGCUUAAUGUAAGUUUUGUGAAGUACACUAGGAAAUAAAUUAUAAAAUAUAUGAAUAAUAGAAGACUUUUUAGAUUACAAGUACUGUAAAGAUCUGAAGAAUUCAUUGUUACCAAAGAUUUAAGAAUUAUUUUUCUAUAUAAACUAUUCUCCUCAUUUCUCGCACCAUUUGAAAAAACUUUGUGUGAGACUGUUUCUAUUAUUUUUAAAUGUAACAUGCUGUUCUCUCCUUGGUUUCCACCUAUUUAUUUUUUUAGAUGGUUGUUUUGUUUUUUCCUGUUCUCUACAUGUUAUUGUUUCUUAAAUUAACUCAUUUCCAUGAACUCAAAAGGCCUUUGGACUGAGUUUAUUUUUGAUAGACAUAAAUUCAUCUUGUGAAUGACCUAGCAGCCACCCAUGUCAUUGCCUAAAGUCAGAAGACUGGGAAGCAACACGAACAGCACAGAAUCAAUUAUAUCAUCGUCAUAAUUUUGUUGUGAGAUGAAUCAAAAACUACUCAAUUAAUUUUGCCAGGCUUUCCUCACUCAGAGGAGAGAUGUUUAAAUCAUUUCAUGACUCUGAUUUCACUUAAAGAAGAAUCAAAUGAAAGAUGUGGUAAUGUUAGUAAAACUGGUGAAAUGAAGCGUCAGAAGAAAUGUCGACUGAGUACCAGCAAAUACGUUCAUAAGAUGCUGUCAGGAUGCUGUAUGGUGUUUACACAGGUUUUUUAAAAGUCUGUACUGUUUUAAAUCGAUGAUCAUACAUCGUUCUCCAUAUGUUUUUAACUUCAGUUUAAAUUCUUCAUUCUGAAGCGGCAUUAAAGCUACCUCUGUUUUAAUCAUA